CGCUUCUUCUUUUCUGUUUUUGGGACUCUUAAAUAAAAAAAAAAAAAAACAUGAUUGUAGUGUGUUGUGCUCUCUCUCUAUAUGAUUAUGUUUAUUCUCCUUGUAUUUAUUGAGAUUUUCUUUUCGUAUUUGGGGGGUUGAGAUCAAUUGAUACAACGGAGUGCGAAAACAGAGUGGAUUAGAACAAUGGGUUCCGAGAUGAACCCAUCGUCAGCCUCAGCCUCAGCGUCUCCCAGUGGGAAGCGCAAUAGAGAUCCAGAAGACGAGGUUUAUCUUGAUAAUCUUCACUCUCACAAGCGUUACCUUAGCGAGAUUAUGGCUUCAAGCUUAAAUGGAUUGACAGUUGGAGACCCAAUCCACGAAACCCUGAUGGACUCCUCUGGAAGGUCUGAGAGUAUGUUUCAUCUUAGGGAUGAGAUGUCUUUACAAUAUUCACCAAUGUCGGAUGAUUCAGAUGACUCUCGGUACUAUGAGACUCCAACAAACACAUGCUCAUCCCUACCUGAUAGUGUACCCACUAGUCCAGUGUCUCCUUAUAGGUACCAAAGACCACUAGGUGGGUUCGCAUCUGGUCCCCCCACCACUUCAUACUCUACCCAUGGAUGCACUCCCCCUGCUGCCACAUCUCCACAGUCUCGUCAACGAGGCUCAGAUUCAGAGGGUCGGUUCCCCUCAUCACCCAGUGAUAUAUGCCACUCAGCAGACUUGAGGAGGGCUGCACUAUUGCGGUCUGUGCAAAUGCGGACACAACCUGCUGGCCCAUCACCUUUCGAAUUGCCAUUUGUUCCAGGGCAAGAACCUGGGCAUAAUAUCGAAGCUGAGGAGCAGCCGUGCUGUUACAUGAAGUCUUUAGUUGAUGAAAGGGAGUAUCAGAUUACAGAAUGCUCUUCCUCACGUAUCUCAGAGCCUGAAAACCAGGAAAAGUCUUGCAGGAUGUUGAACAUGAACUUAAAAGGGGAUGAGCCUGCAGAGUAAAUGCUUCAUUAGUUGGAUAAUGAACCUGCUCUAACCUCGGCUUGGGCUUUGGAGGAACUCGAGUUUGAAAUUUUGUUUAGGCUAUUGAUAUGUUAGUGUAUAGGUAUAUAAUAUAAUAGAUAUUGGCUUUUUGAUAGAUCAAUAGGCCAAAAUAACAUCUAGACCAAAUUAAGUUGUUAUUUGAACUCGUGAUUACCUCCUACUGAUUAAAACACUUGGCUUUUCUUUUUUAGGCCCAUAGAAUGAUUCAAUCAUAAUUCAUAAGGUAGGGGUAAAGUUACUUGCAUUCUUGCUUGUGCAGCGGCGAGACUCGAUGCAAGAUGAAAAGGG